UGCCGUACGGAAGCCACAAAGCAAUGCAGGCGGAGCCUCUUGCCGAAAUCUGCUUCCGGAGAAGUGCCGAGACUGUUUUUGUUUGAAAGACGGAACCCCGAAAUAGGAGCAGGAAGAUUUAAAGGGCCAGGCCGGUUUUUUUUAUCUUAAACCUUCCUGGAGGUGGAUCUCGGCACUACAGGGGCUUUUGGGCAGUUGGCUUGCUUUUCUCAGCCUUCCCUUGCCCAGCCUCAUUUUCUCAGCUCUCACAAAAGCCAUGUCCAGGCCGUCCCUCAUCACCUUCACCCCAGCCAGCGAUUCUAGUGACCUCUGGAAAGAUGGGCAGCAGCAGCAGCCACAGCCUGAGGAGCCAGAACCCGCCUUGGAUGGGUCUGCAGUCCGUGCUUUCUACGAGUCACUGAUAGAGAGCGAGAGCAGCUUUCCUGAACCCCAAAGAUCGCACCCUGAGCCUGCCAGGGAGAAAAAGAGGAAGAAAAGAAGACUGAUGAGGGAGGCUGCGGCAGAAGCAAUGGCAGUGGCAGAGGCAGCAUCAGGGGUACAUGGACAAGAGGGAUCCCUUGAGGCAGAGGACAAGCUAACCCAGUGGAUACUGAGGGCAGCUCAGGAGGGGGACCUGGCAGAACUUCGAAGGCUGCUGGAACCCCGUGAGACAGGAGGAGCUGGGGGGAAUAUCAAUACCCGUGAUGCCUUCUGGUGGACUCCCCUGAUGUGUGCUGCCCGAGCUGGCCAGGGGGCAGCUGUGAGCUAUCUCCUGGGCCGAGGGGCUGCCUGGGUGGGAGUUUGUGAGCUGGGUGGCCGGGAUGCUGCCCAGCUGGCGGAAGAAGCUGGCUUCCCCGAGGUGGCCCGCAUGGUCAGGGAGAGCCAUGGAGAGACGAGGAGCCCUGAGAACCGGCCCCAAUCUCGCGCCUCCCACUAUUGCGAGACCUGUGACGCCUACUUCCAAGAUGCCAACCACUGCACAUCCACCGCCCACCUGCUGUCACUGUCCCAGGGUCCCUGCCCCCCUAGUCUUCCCCCUGGGGUGCCUGCCUCCAGCCCAGGCUUCAGGUUGCUGCUGAGGGGAGGCUGGGAGCCAGGGAUGGGGCUUGGACCCCGAGGUGAGGGUCGCGCCAACCCUAUCCCCACUGUCCUUAAGAGGGACCAGGAGGGUCUUGGCUACAGAUCAGCACCCCAGCCCCGGGUCACACACUUCCAGGCUUUGGAUACCCGGGCUGUGGCUGGGCGGGAGCGAGCGCCUCGGGUGACCACACUGAGCCGGAAAGAGGAGAGAAGGCGAGAGGAGAAGAGCAGGGCUUGGGAGCGGGAUCUCAGGAUGUACAUGAACCUUGAAUUCUGACCUUGGUGAGGUUUGACCCUGGUCUGCUGCCAGAGUCUGAACUUUGGCCCAUGACUUGGGUACUUUAGCCUGUACUCCCGGAGGUCUGCCCAGGUCCCAGACCCUCAGGUUUUGGUCACUGGGCCCUCCCUGCCUUUUGGGAGAGAAGGGCUGAAAGUUGAGAAAUAAAUCAAUCUUCAUUCUCUUUCCUAAUCUGUUCAUUUUUCUGGAAGCUGUUGUGGGGGAAGCCAAACUGAAGUGUGGGGGCCACAUUAGCAUGGCCAAUUGGAGCCACAGGAGCAGCUACCUCCAGAUGGCAUGAUAGAGUCAUCACCCUACCAAUCUGGUUCUUUUGGAGGCCUGUUGUUGUUGUUAGGUGCCGUCAAGUCGGUUCCAACUCAUAGUGAUCCUGUGUACUACAGAACGAAACACUACCUGGUCCUUCACCAUGCUCACAAUUGUUAUGCUUAAGCCCAUUGUUGCAGCAACUGUGUCACUCCAUCUCCUGGAGGGUCUUCCUCUUUUUCGCUGACCCUGUACUCUACCAAGCACGAUGCCCUUCUUCAGGGACUGAUCCUUCCUGACAACAUGUCCAAAGUAUGUAAGAUGCAGUUUCACCAUCCUAGCUUCUAAGGAGCAUUCUGGUUGUACUUUUUCCAAGACAGAUUUGUUCUUUCUUUUGGUAGUCAAUGGUAUAUUCAACGUUCUUCACCAAGACCAUAAUUCAAAGGUGUCAAUUCUUCUUUGGUCUUCAUUAUUCAUUGUCCAGCUUUCACAUACAUAAAAUACGAUUUAAAAUACCAUGGUUUGGGUCAGGUGCACCUUAGUCUUCAAGGUGACAUCUUUGCUUUUCAGCACUUUAAGGAGGUCUUUUACAGCCGAUUUGCCCAAUGCAAUGUGUCUCUUGAUUUCUUGACUGCUGCUUCCAUGGCUGUUGAUUGUGGAUCCAAGUAAAAUGAAAUCCUUGACAACUUUAAUCUUUUCUCCGUUUAUCAUAACGUUGCUUAUUGGUCCAGUUGUGAGAAUUUUUGUUUUAUGUUGAAGAGUAAUCCAUACUGAAGGCUGUGGUCUUUGAUCUUCAUCAGUAAGUGCUUCAAGACCUCUUUACCUUCAGCAAGCAAGGUUGUGUCUUCUGCAUAACGCAGGUUAAUGUGUCUUCCUCCAGUUCUGAUGCUCCAUUCUUCUUCAUACAGUCCAGCCUCCCAGAUUAUCUGCUCAACGUACAGAUUGAACAGGUAUGGUGAAAGGAUAAACCCUGACGCACAGUUUUUCUGACUUUAAACCAAGCAAUAUCCCCUUGUUCUGUUCGGACGACUGCCUCUUGAUCUACGUACAGGUUCCUCGUGAGCACAAUUAAGCGUUUUGGAAUUCCCAUUCUUCGAGGCCUAGCCCCUGCCAAUAGUACCACACCUAUUCUUCUGAACCAGGAACAACUUGCAGCUCCAUGCAGGUCUUCUGACCACUCCAGUCAGUUCAGUCACUGAUUUCACAAAUAUUCAUAUACAGUGUGCUAAGAGAGACAUUCCCAACACUGAAGGAGCUCACAGCUGGAGGGGGAGAUAGCCCUGAGGUCAGAUAUUAUAAUACUUGGUGGGGGGUGGCUAGGGCUGGUCAGGGAAGGUUCAGAGAGGAGGUGAUGAUAGUGGGUCAGGUCUUGUAGGAAGAGUCCAGUAUGAUGACAGGCCCAGAGUUAAUGACAAUGCAGCUUGUACAUUAGUUGAGCUGCCAUCAGGACUCUGCCCUUCCUAACUCUAAACUUUAAGCCCAAACCCACUGCCAUCCAAUUGAUCUCAACUCAUUGUGACCCUGUAGGAUGGAGUAGAAUUGUCUCAUAGGGUUUCAAGGCUGUAAACCUUUACAGAAGCAAACUGGCACAUCUUUCUCAUGCAGAGUAGCUGAUGGGUUUGAACUGCUUCACCACUGUACUGCAGGGCUCCCUAACUUUACACCAGGGUUCUUCAUUUCACUACCUGAAACCUCCUGAGGGCAGAAAAUUUAUCCUACUUGUCUAUACUCAUUUUUCGCACCCUUCUGCGCUCCCCACUUUCAUGUCCGGCUCAUGCCAGGUGCCAGGCACUUAAAAGAGUUCACUAUAGUCAUGUGCAGGGAGUAAAGUUUGUACAUGGAAUGACAGGAUAUGGCUACCCAAGUUCCAAGACUCCCCUUAUCAUUUUCCUUUCUGAAAAAGACAUUCACGAAGUCGGGGACAGGAAGAGGGAAUCCAAGAAAGGGAGGACUUGGGGAAGGGGUGCAGGGAAGAACCCAAGACAGGGACUAGUGGGGAGCGUCCGAGUUUAGAUAAGCACGGGGGCCUCUGGGCGGCGGAAAUGGAGGACUGAGCUCCUGUUCAGGCCUGGACCUCGCCGAUCCAGCCCGCGCCG